AUGUCUAGUUCUUCAAACGUACCGGAAGCUCACGAAAUCGUGACGCUAGGGGCUCUAGCCCAAGUUCCGGCUUUCGUCAAUGAAGAGGAAGACGCUACCACGACCUCAGAUUUCGGGGUCUUACAAGGUGCCGUCGAUCUUUUGGGAGCGGCCGCUGGGGAAAUUGUCGCAAGAGCCACGAGCAGUGACCUGUUUCAGGGCCUCUCUUCGACUCGACCCGAGCCCACGGUGAUCGAGCAAGUCGUGGGACGAGCACAAGACAUCUCCAACAAUUUCCCUCCCGUUUGGUAUGUGAAUUUCCCUGCAGAUAGGGACAUGACGGAAUCCAUGCGGGAAUCACUCCGACAGCAUUCACAAGCAAUAUUGGAUUUCAAGUGUUGGUCUAGCCUCAAAUGGUGGUCCAACGUUUUCCAGUUAGUGCCAACAAAUGACCACCCCUUAAACAAAUUGAUACAAAGUGGGCUUUUCGUGCAAAUCGCAAUGAUGGAUUUACCGCAAACUCCUUGGUUGCGUUCUAUUCGAGAACCCGUUCAAUCUGGUCAAUCCAUCACCUGUCCAUUUUCCGACCUCCAUGCCAAUAUCAUCAACAUGGCCAUGAAUGCCUUUCACCAGCUUGAUGAUUUGUCCAGAAAUGCUUUGGAGCCCGUGUUGAAAGGCAUUGUUACAUCGGCAAGUUCCGCCACGGUAGACCACAAGGACUUGAAGAUGGUGUUGGCGGAGAAAUAUGAGUAUAAAAGGGAAACAGACAGUAUAGUGUCAAGCAUUCGCAUGAUCACUUUCGCCAUCGGGGAGUCGUUCUAUGAUGUUCAAGAUGGUAAGAACUCGAGAAGUCGAUGGGUUUCAUGCGAAGUGGGUUUCGUGCAGUAUGACGCAGAGUUUGAUCUGGAGGGUUGGAAGAACCAUGCAGUAACCCUGAAUGCUGAGACAAAGAGGGCGACGGAAGAUUUCAUCAAUGCGCGGACCAUCAACAUACCAGGGGAUCAGGGUGAUCUUAUAGAGAGACAACGACGUUUCAUCAUGAAUGCGGAUAUCGAAAUACCACUUGACUAG